AUGAACCAACCUGUCAUCCUUUAUGCCUUAGAACGGCGCCAAAACGGCGCCAAGAAUGUGUUUCUCACUAAGUCAGAUGUAGAGGGCAUCAUCCGGAUCAAGCAGGGCGACCAGCAGGCGCCCUCAGGCCGGCGGCGGCGGGGUGCGGGAGGGGGGGCGGCAGUGCAGGGCGGCACCAAGAACUACAGCAAGAAGGUGCUGCAGUUCUUCCAGGUGCUGAAGGGCGCUGGCGGUCAGGACAUCCUGUGCCGCUGCGUCAAGCGCAGCGGAGAGUGGCGGUGGUGCCCCGUGGUGCCGCUCGAGGAGCUGCCCCGAGUGAUCAAGGAGCACCACGAGCGGGCGACUGGCUUCAGCGGUGUGGAGAAGCUGUACACACAUAAGGUGGACCUGAUCGACCUGGGCGAGGGCCGCGACCCCAAGUACCGCUACAUCAUGAGCUAUGUGGACCUCUUCACCCGCCACGUGUGGCUCCGUGCGCUGGCCUCCAAAAGGCCGCAUGGGGUUGCCCGCCAGCUGCAAGAAGAAUGGUGCGCGGUGUGGGCGGCACUGUGGCUGUAUAACCGGUAA